AGCCGGUUCGCCUACGUUGACGCUAACCGAAGGAGGCAUCCAGUUCGCCCGCAUUCCUCCUCUGUCGACAGCCUGGCUGGGGCAGAGUGAGGCACAAGAAGAAAGGAGGCCAUUAAAGAAGAAGAAGAAGACGCCAAAUGCUAUAUUUUUGUCUUCCCACUAGCACCAAAGCAAGCUGGAUUUUUAUAAAGCCGGAGUAGGCGACUCUUCCACCGGACUCUCUGACCAAAUAUGGGCCGUGACUAAAUAACAAGCACGUCAGGACUGUCGACUUUUGGACCCGAGGAGAAGAGCGUGACUAAAGAGCUACAAAAAACGACCGUUUUCUGUUCCGUUUCGUCGUUAAUACCGCGUAAAAAGGCGAAAAGCUUAGGUGGAACGACCUCCAACCUUUUUCACCGUGGAUAUCCAGUGUGUGUGUUUUUAAUAUCAAGAUGGCUGAUGACAGCAGCUAGCCCGUAUAACAAGGACGGCGGAGCGACGUCCCCUUUUAAUAGCCUCAUAUUUUUAUAUUCUAACCUUGGAAUAGUUACAAAUAUAUAUUUAAUUAAAUUAUGUAUAUGUUGUUCUCAAGCAAGGGCCGCGUUUGUGACGAAAGUGCGGUUUAAAAUGUGUACCUGUACUACAAAAUGGUGAGGUGAGUCGUUUCGCAUUAUUCCCCCCCACGAUUUUCGUCGAGAUAAGUCGAUUAAAUAUGUUGUUGAUCGACGGUGGAGGCGAGAGCAGGCGUAUAAGCAGAACGCCGAAGUAAGAUUUAAGGAAUAAAUAACUGAAUAAUAAGUGUAUUUUUUGUGUGGCGGAGAGGAGCUUAUUCGAUCGAUGGGUGUCGAAGCAAGCAACAUUCCUGCAGAUCCUUAAAGCUAAAUAAAAGCUCUUUUGUUCAGUAGCUUCGAUUGGAGCCCUUAAAAAGCGACAACUAUGCAGUAAAACCGCAUCCAAAGCGACGGUCCGGCUAUGAAUUUAUGAUUUCUCCAUCUAAUAAGAUUAGUAGGCCCUUUUGUUAUCGAGUGGAAAGUGCCAGAGAGAGAGAGCCGCGGCCUUGUCUGUAUGUGUGCGAGUCUGUGGAUUAUUAUUCAUCUCAUGGAAAUGGCGUUUCAUGUCAAAACGAAACUGAGGCGUUAUUAUUCUGAAUCUUUUGCGGGGCCGCUGUGCGCUUAGCUAGACCUGCUGUGCUGCUCCGCUCGGGAUUUUUGGGCAAAAAAAGUGACUGUUAAAGGUUCAGAGUCAGGUUAAAAAAAAAGAGAGAAGUAGAGUGUUAAUCAGGGUGUGGAAGCAGGUUAAUGAAUCAAGCGCCAGGCAAAGCUGCGAGUGCACGUGCAGGAGGUGCUGUACUCAUUUGCAUAUUGGGCUGAUCCUGGUUGAGUUAUCUGUGCCUUGUUUGGAUUCCAAGGUUUUACCUACAGGCUGCUUCUUCCUGCAGGCCACACACAAACACGCCCUGUGUUUGUGUGUGUGUGAGUGCGCACGUCCACGUGUGUGUCACAGUUUACAGUAAUCUUGUAACGUCAGCCUCACUGUGUAUGUGUGUGUUCUCAUUUGGUCAGUUUUCCGGAACUUGCCGCAGCAAUAACUAACAAGUCAGGGUGUCGGCGCAGUGGUAAGCGCACACUUUAAGGACAGCGUCCGUUUUUUUUUUUCUGGGAAGGGUGGUGUUGGGCGGGACGCUUGUGAGAACACACAGACCGAAAUCCGGAGGGGGUUUUGUAUGCCUGCCCCCGCCGCCAUGGCAUCCGACAUGGCCGAGACAUGGAAGAACUGCUUUGAGGAGGAGCUCAUCUGUCCCAUCUGUCUGCACGUCUUCUCUGAGCCCAUCCAGCUGCCCUGCAAGCACAAUUUCUGUCGGGCGUGCAUCAGCGAGGCCUGGGCCAAGGACUCCACGCUGGCUCGCUGCCCUGAGUGCAACCAUGCAUACAGCCAGAAGCCCAGCCUUGAGAAAAACCACAAGCUUUCCAACAUCGUGGAGAAGUACAACGCUCUCAGCGUGGAGAAGGCAUCGGUGCCGCCGCCCCAGUGCAUCCUGUGCCGACGCGGCCCUCCGCUGCCCGCCGUCAAAGUGUGCCUGCGCUGCAACGCGCCCUGCUGCCAGUCACACGUGCAGACACACCUGCAGCAGCCAUGCUCGGCGCUCGGGCACCUGUUGGUGGAGGCCGAGGCGGUCAAGGCGUGGACGUGCCCGCAGCACGACGAGUACCGGCUGUACCACUGCGAGGCCGAGCAGACGGCCGUGUGCCAGUACUGUUGCUUCGCCCGCUGCCACCCCAGCCACGGGCACGCUGUCGCUGACGUGGAGCUGCGCCGCAAUGACAUCCGACAAAGCCUACUCAGGCAGCAGGAGCGCGUGGAGGACCGCGUGCAGGAGAUCGAGGAGCAGCUAUGCAAGCUGGAUUCGGACAAGUGCGUGGUGGAGGACCGCGUGCUGGAACUGAAGGAGGACGUGCGCCUGCAGUACCAGCGCAUGCACCAACUCCUGGAGGAGGACCUGGGCCGCACGCUCGAAGCGCUGGAGCGGGCGCAGGCGCGCUUCUGCCAAGAGAACGCCGCCCAGGUUCUGGCGCUGGGCGAGCAGAGGCACGAGGCGCACAAGCUGCUGAGCGCCAUCAACACGGCGUUCGGCAAGGCGGAGGAGCUGGGCUUCAUGAAGAACACCAAGCCCGUCAAGAUCCUCGCCGACAGGUCUCAGGCGUGCGUGGGAAGCACUCUGCCCCCCUACAAGGUGGGCAAUCUGAACGCCAAGCUCUUCCUCUCUGAGAUUUCCAAGCGGGAGAAGAGCUUGAAGAGAACGCUGGAAGCUCCUCUCACCCCUCCCUCCACCUUCCUGCAGUCCGUCCCCGCCUUCCCCAGCGGCCAGAGCUCGGCCUCGGGAGCGGAGAAACGGAAACAUUCCGCCGCCUUCCCGGAAGGAAACUCGGGCAAAAACAGCGCAGCAAGUUUCAAAGACGCCUCCUCUUCCUCCUCCUCAUCUUCUUCCUCGAGCAAGCAGCCCUACCUGGGCUCCUCCUCGACCUCCGGAGAAGGUCAGUCGGCUAAUCAGCCUUGCGGCCCGCCGCACAUUGCGGACGGCGCUAACCACCAUUCAGGCGCCGUCUUCGGCUCCUCGCACUUCCCCUCCGGCGGCGGCGGAGGCGGCGGCACCGGUGGUUCCUCGCACUCCUCCCAGCAGAGCGUGCUGCCCCAGUACGGCGGGCGCAAGAUCCUGGUGUGCACCAUGGAUAACUGCUACUGCUCCGGCGUCCCGUCCGUGUCGGGCCACCGCGCCCACCCACCUUACCCGCGCUCGGGCUCCUUUCCCUGGGUCAGCGCGCAGGACUACCCCCCGCCGCCCGGCCUUGCCUCCGGCGGACCGUCCAUGCAGGGCCUGUCGAUGGGCAACUGGAUCGAUGCCUCACAGUCGCACAGACACGCCGACUUCUACGGGCUGUACGGUCAGCCCUCCACAAAGCACUACGUCACCAGUUAACACACACACACACACACACACACACACACACACACACAC